AUGUCUACUGACACUUUGGAUCCUCCUCCGCCUCCUCCACCUGGUGGUGAGACUGUCCCUACAAACGGGAAUCCUCAACAUGGUUAUUUUAGUAGAAAAUGUAAAAUUUAUACAUUUUUGAGGAAUAACUAUAGAAGUUACAAGCAACUCUUUCGUGAAAUUGCUGAAACUCAUUCUCGAAUCCGUAAGGACUCCUUUGAUUUUGCGUUAUUUUUGUGCUUGAAUUAUCUCACAAAUGAGCAAUUACGUAUGCAAGAAUCUACCAUGAACAGCUCUGUAAGAUUGAGAGAAAUAUCAACUGCUAUGGUUGUGUACAACUUACAUCUGGGUAAUCUUUCUAAUGGACUUCGCGAUAUUCUUGCCGUUUUUCCUACUGAAAAUAUUCAACAAAUGGAAAUUGCAAGACAAAUCUUUAUGAGAGAGGCUGCGUCACUUCAAAAUCAAACUCUUCGGCUGGACAACAUAAAUGCCAUUAUUAAUGAAGUACUGGAAAUUGAUAUCACCAUUGACACAGCGAAUACAAAUCUUUUACAGAUUAUACUCAUAUUAAAGCAAGAAUUAAAUCGUAUUGAUGACGCUGUUGUACGCACCAGUACAACUGUAGGCACAUUUGAGGGUGUCUACGAAAUGUACCUCCCAAAUCUGACGCAAAGAUUAAAUCUUUUGCUUCCACAAUUUGAACAUGUUGCAAGACUUACCAUCGAUACAAUAGUCGAACACAGAAAUACAAUUUAA